AUGGGGGUCGCGCCGGGCGCUGUGGCGCGGUGCGGUGCCCGCCGGGCCGCGGUGCGCUCCCGCUCCCCCACCGAGGCGCGGCGCUCGGCCCUGGCAGCGCUCGGCCGCCGCGGCUGCUGCUCCUGCGGCCGCCGCGGAUGUCGCACCAUUUGGCUGUCACCCUGUCGCAAAAGCGUCGCUGCUUUGCGGCUCCUGAAGCACGUGACGGUCUGCGGAGGAAGAGCGGGCUCCCUGAGGGCGGUCGGCGGCGCGAGGCGCGGAGCGCGGGACGACGCGAGGGCGCGCGCCUCGGUCCCCUCAGUCCCCUCAGUCCUCAUCUCCUCAGUCCCCCAGCUCCUCGGUCCCCUCAGCGCCCUCCUCCCGCGUCGCCUGCCCUCCCUCGGCAGCGCUUCUCCCUUCUGUAAAGCUCCGGCGCUGGCAGUCCUGUCGUUUCCCCCUGUGGUGGCGAGGAGAGGGGACGUGUGGCACAUCCCGGGUGUUGGGGGUUGCUGGGGCUCGGCCCCGCCAGGCCUAGCAGGCAGGGAGUACCUUAUGGGACGUUUUUUAGCACAAGCAGCUAGCUCAGGAAGGAGAGGUCACGCUUGUCUCAAGCCACCUGCCACCCUGGGGACCUGGAGCACUGGCCCAGGAGGUUGUGAGUCUGGAAAAUGCAAGGCAGUGCUGGACAGCUGUAGCUGUGCAUUUAAGUACUGCGACAGUGAAUUACGGAGCAAGAGAGAACAUUCCAAUGCAAAUGAUAUUGAGCAGAAACGAUGCAAUUAUCCAGCCGUACUUAUACCAUUAGAGAGUUCUUUCUGGAUCACAGAUUCCCUCAGCUGGAGUGCGGUCUUUGUUUUUUGGCUUUUGAGAAUGGAAGAGAAGAUGCCAUGGAGACUCAUUACUCCUGGUCUGGCCCAAGGUGAGAAUCCAAAGAAAGUGGCUCAGGCGUGGAUGCAUGAGGAUGACUUCAGAAACCCACAACUAAGGGAAGGAAGCGAUGAGGGAGUUGGGUGGACAAGCACACAGAGCUCACUGCUGAACUGAUGAAAUUGAGCUUUUCAGAUGACCUACAGACCUACAUGAAGCUUUUCAUUUUGAUUUCUACUGACUGAGAAAGGCUGUGGUAAAUGAAUGACGUUUGAGCGAGGUGUGAAAUGUGAAGGUACAAAAUUAACUGAAAGGACCAAUCCUAAAAUGUGAUGAGACCCUGCAGGAGGUUCAACUACUCUGAUGUUUGCUUACAACUUAAUAGAGUCAGAGAAAUAAAUAUUUGAAGCAAGAAGAUGUGACUGACUCUGAUGUAGUGCCAGACUUGCUGUUGGCAUUUAGCGAGGUGGAUCAGAAACAGAAUUGGAGCUAUUUUAUCUGGACCUAAUUAAACAACCUUCAUAACUGGCAGUCAAUGACUACACUGUCAGAAGAACCCCAAAAGAGUUGAAAUUUCUGCUGCCUUUUCCACCUGUUUCCCAAGAAGAACUUCUGACUUGUCUGAGCUCUUAGAACUUAAAAAAAUCUGUGGAAGCUAGCUGAGAGUUUAGCAAGCGUAUCUGAAUGGUGAAUCAACUGAGUGAACUGAAAAGAGCUGAAUGUAGUACUGGAAGCCCUGGCUAUGCAGAUUUUGAAUCUUAAAGAAAAUGCAGGGGAAAAUGCAAGGGGAAACACAAAGUGGAAAGAGGGGAAGUCCUAUGAAACAAGACAAAUAACCACGUAGGCUCAGACUGGGACUUCAGAUGUGUGCAGUCGCAGCCUUCCUGCGGACAGUGGGAGAACACUGCGGAAACCUCUGCUUCUCCACCAGGACUCAGGCAAGGCAAUUUAUUCAGUCUUCAAAAUCCUUCCAUCAAGAUUUUGGCCUGAUGACUGUCCAGAGGCUUCCUUGAAUUAGAGCAGCAGCUCCCUGACUCCUGCACAUGCAAACAUCUGAAUUUCCUGUUGGCUCAGAGAGAAUGAUUAACGGUGAAAGAGACAUAAAUGGCAAAGUCUUGAUCAAGGGAGCUGCUGUCAGGGCACCAUCUACAUAAAUUAGGAAAAGAAUGCUCAGGUUUCUGUGGAAGAAGACUAAUGACAUUAAGUCAAGAUGAAAUAGAAAGGAGUAGCAUUGCAGGCUGAAAAUCAUAAAAGACCAGCCUGCCCUGACAAGAGACCCAGAGAAAUUUCCUGAACUGAAAAGUAACUGGAAAUCCUAAGAAUGGCUUUCUGUAAGUGCCAGGUCUUGAAGUUACGCAGAACUGAAGAUGACCUAGGCACCAAAUUUGCCUUUCGGGACCUGUCAAGACAAGUGAAGGAAUGUUCUGGAAGCGUCUGAAACAGCAGCCGUUAGUAGCAGCUCUACACGCUGCGUGUGCUCACUCUACUCAACGGGGAUCGGUCCCAUCACAUAAAUCUGAAACAGUCCCAUCUGGAGGCAAGCAGACGGGGGUAAAGGGAGAGUGUGGAACCUACAACCAGUAAAUGUUUGUGUCAUUCCGAGAACCUGUUCACAAGGAGGCAGAAAUGGCAUUCUCCUGGAAGGAGUGGCGGCCCUAGCUGAAAUCAUGGGGAAACUUUUCAAGAGAACGGAAAGUUUUUGUAUGAAGAGAGAUUUUUCAGAAGUGUUUGCAUUGCAAGUGACAUCUGGCUGACAGGAACUUGGAGAAAUGGGAUACGAAGUGAAUGCUGCAGUUACCACAGCAUCAUAUUUAUCAAGAGGCUUAAGGCGUGAUAUAUUGGUGAGAUUCUAGAAGACACCCACUCUAACCCCUGGGAGGGGAAGAAGAAAUAAGUGUUACUCAUCUGCUGCUCGGAGAGCCCUAAAUGCAGUUGUACAACAGACCAAACCAGCAUCCUGCCAGGAUGUUUGCUGAGUGCCAUGCUGCUUCCUUCCGUAGGGGCAGACGGAGUCUCCAAGGUGCUGGUUUCUUUGUUGAACUCUGAAUGGGAGACAUGCUCUUCUGUCAGCCCUUGUCUUUGCUGCCUUCAUCACGUUUCCAGCCCCUGGAUGAAGCAUCUGAAUCCCCAGCCUUACUUCUGGAGCCCCUUUACAGGCAGAAUUCCUAAAAGCUUCUGCUGGAUGAUGCUGAAUGAUGCUGAAAGUUUUUCUCAAAUGGGAGAUAAUCUGACAUGCAAAGUACUUGCAGCACAGGUUGCUGUUGUUCGGCACUGUGGAGGGGUCACAGCUCCCUCCAGUUCUGGAAGCAAGGACUGGGAACUGCCCUGAGCCUCACCUCAUCACAUGUCACUGUGCUGGCGUGCACCAAGAGAUACCUGAUGUAUUACUUCAGCAGCAAAUUCAACAAGGCCAAGAUGUCUUCAUUUUCCUUCAGAGCAAGAGCUGUAAGAGCAGUGCGAUGGAAGUAUUGGUCUUCUGUGGCCAGCCGGCGAGAACCCAUCGACAGCUGUGAUGAGCAGAGCAGACAUGGGGAGACAGGAGGCAGCUGAAGCCAAAGAGGACCCACGCCUGGAGCUGUGUGUGUGAUUGGAGCAGAGAGAGGCCAGGACCCAAGGAAAUCCCAGCAGCAAGGCAAAAAAACCAGAUUGACUCUCAGUGACUCAUUUAGCUCCUGGAUUGGACAGAUCUCUCCCCUGCUGGCAAUUUGGCUGAGCAUCAAUGGACAGACACCAGGAUGAAUAGCUUAAAAUAAUUAGGGGUUGGGAAUCUGCAGAACUGCUAGCCAUCCAGUUCUUUACUGUGCAAUGAGAGGCACAAAAAAGAAAUUACAUUUAGGUUAUUAAAUAUUAAGUCAGUGGAUUUACCUCCAUUUGGUCCAGAACAGGAAACUGGCUAAAAUUCAACAUUUAGAUCACUGUGUUGAUGGUCUGCUUAUCACUGAACAAGAAGGAAGAACAAGGAAGGAUUUGACCAAUCAUGUCAACUGGGUCUUCAGAUUUGAAGAACAGUUUCUAAAGCAGCUGCUCUCAGAAGAAACACUGGUUCUCCAUGUGAAAUCAGCUUGCUGCAUGCUUGCCAGUGGUGACCAAGGUAUUGCCAGAGCUACUGUGUCUGCAAAGGUUCCAGAAAGCUUGGGGUAAAGCAUUUGCUUUCACUGCUCAGAUUCAAAACCAUUAAAGGAUUUGAGGAAGACUAUUCAGUGCUGUGGGCAAUGAAGAAUAAAUGAACAAUUUAGAUGAGUUGCAGAAUUGUGAGCAACUGACCUCCAGCCUGGCUUCAAGUUUUUGGUAGACGUACCAGCUGCCAGCAGGUCUGGACAAGAUUGCCAAAGCCACAGAUUGCUGGGAGGGUACAUAACACGGGUGAAACUGCAGCCUUUGACCUGUUCUUACACUUCCGCUUCUGAACAUCCACUGCUGUAAAUAAGGAGCAUCACACUGGUGUAAAACUCCUGUGAAGGAAAGAAGAAUCAAGCCUGGUGGGAACAGAAGAACUGCAAUGCAGGAGCCGGUUCUCCCUGUGCAACAUUUAAGUGAGGAAGAAGAGCUUUCGGAGCCAACUAAGAGUUAACUGGCUACGUUUUAACUGUCACCAUUGUCUUACAUCUACAUAGAGAGCGUGAGAGAGCCAGAGAGAUUGUCCUGCUCUCAGGUUGGCGAUUGCUCUUCAGCAUUUGGCCAAGGUCACACAGAUACUUGGAACUUCUGAAAUGCAGGUUCAAGGCAGGUUGUGUCGAACAUCCAAGCUUGGAGAGGUCUUUCUGGAAAGCUGAUGGAAAUUAUUUGCUCGCAUAGUAGUGGUAAGUGAAGUGGUCAGUGAUCAGUGCAACUGUUGGAAGGUGGAUUCCCUCACACCGUGUGGAAGGCCCUCUCCAAUAGCUCAAGCUUCUUCCCAUUUUGUUUUCUGUUGUACAGUAUUCAUUAAACCCUUUGCCAUGACAUGCGGUUGCCAGUGUGCCAGAUCCUGAGCAAAUCACAUCCUCUGUUCUUCUGUAGCAGAUUUGUGAGAUAAUCUAUUAUAGAUUAAUCAUUUCAGUCUUACAGUGCAAUGUCAGAAAUAAAUUGGGGUUAUGAAGCUGGAGGGGAGCCACUUGGAGGGUGAUGUGUUCUCAUUGACGCUCCUUAUUUGACUUUGAAAACAGUGUUGCCAUGAG